GCGUGACGAGGCAGAGAAGCCCCAGACACAGAGCCCAGCGUGGUGAAGGGACCGAGACAUGGAUGCCGGCGCAGAGGCCUGGGACAGGUUGGACGAGGACACCUUCAUCGACAACUUCCACAAUGCAAUCUGGCUGUCCAGGACCUACCUGUGCUAUGAGGUCGAGCAUCCCAGUCAGGGAUCCGGGAUUCCUCCGGGCCAGGACAAGGGCGUCCUGUGCAAUAAGGUGACCAGUCCAGCCGGACCCCAGCUCACACGGCCUCCCCAUCCUGGGACGUUCGCGGUAGAAUGUUCUGGCUGGACCUGAGCGGGUCUCAUCAAUGUUUCCCCUUCGGUCCCCACAAUGGCCACCCCUCAGCCUAGUGUCAGGUGGGGACUGUUUCUGCUGUGGUGCUGGCUUGGAGCCAC